GUCCGGGUGGCGAGUUCUAGUCCUCCUAAGGCUCUCUGCGUAGUUCCAUUGGAAACAGUCAGGACUUGUGACUCUUUCAAGUUGAAUCUGAAGGUUGCUUCAGAAAAAUACAUAUCUAUUUAUCACCUUUCCCCAAGCUCCAUAGAGUUGUUUAGUUUAUUCCAGUCGCAAGACGAGGGAAAGCCGGAAACGGAAAUGCCUUUGACAACCUCCCGAAGAGGCUGCCAUGGCGGCCAGGGAGGAGGUGCUCACGUUGCAGGCUGAAGUUGCGCAGCGUGAGGAGGAGCUGAGUUCCCUGAAGCAGAGGCUGGCGGCGGCUCUUCUGGCCGAGCAGGAGUCAGAGCGGUUGGUUCCGGUAUCUCCCCUGCCGCCGAAGGCCGCCCUGUCCCGAGAUGAGAUUCUGCGCUACAGCCGGCAGCUCGUGCUGCCUGAGCUGGGCGUGCAGGGACAGCUGCGCCUGGCGACCGCGUCCGUGCUGGUCGUGGGCUGCGGGGGGCUCGGCUGCCCACUGGCGCAGUACCUGGCAGCGGCCGGCGUCGGCCGCCUGGGCCUUGUGGACUACGACGUAGUAGAAGUGAGCAACCUGGCCCGCCAGGUGCUGCACGGCGAGGCCCUGGCCGGCCAAGCCAAGGUCUUUUCGGCCGCCGCUACACUGCGCCGUCUCAAUUCGGCGGUGGAGUGCGUGCCCUACGCCCAGGCGCUUACGCCAGCCACGGCGCUAGACCUGGUCCGCCGCUAUGACGUGGUGGCUGAUUGCUCCGACAACGUGCCCACUCGCUACCUGGUUAACGACGCCUGCGUGCUAACCGGCCGGCCCCUCGUGUCGGCCAGCGCCCUGCGCUUCGAGGGCCAACUCACAGUCUACCACUACGGCGGUGGGCCUUGCUAUCGCUGCGUGUUUCCGCAACCACCUCCGGCCGAGACGGUGACCAGCUGCGCGGAUGGCGGGGUGCUUGGUGUGGUUACCGGGGUCCUGGGCUGCCUGCAGGCGCUGGAAGUGUUGAAGAUCGCUGCAGGUCUGGGCCCCUCUUACAGUGGCAGCCUGUUGCUCUUUGAUGCCCUCGGAGGUCAUUUCCGCUGUAUUCGGCUGCGGAGGCGCAGGCCCGACUGUGCAGCUUGCGGGGAGCGGCCCACUGUGGCUGAUCUGCAGGACUAUGAAAGCUUCUGUGGCUCCUCGGCCACCGAUAAGUGCCGCUCCCUCCAGUUGCUGAGCCCGGAGGAGCGAAUUUCUGUCGUCGACUAUAAGCGACUUCUGGAUUCCGGGUCACCCCACUUGUUGCUGGACGUCAGGCCUCCAGUGGAGGUGGACCUGUGUCGGUUGCCUCACGCCCUACACAUCCCUUUGAAACAUUUGGAACGGAGGAAUGCGGAGAGCCUGAAACUCUUGAGAGAAGCAAUCCGGGAGGGGAAGCAGGGCACACAGGAAGGGGCAUCUCUCCCCAUUUAUGUGAUCUGCAAACUGGGCAAUGACUCCCAGAAAGCCGUGAAGAUCCUGCAGUCCUGGACAGACUUAGACUCUUUAACAGUUCGGGAUGUUGUGGGAGGCCUCAUGGCCUGGGCUGCCAAAAUCGAUGCAACGUUUCCGCAAUACUGAGGUGGCUGGUAGAGUCUGACCAGUGAAAGAUGUGGAUUGUCAUGUUACCUAAAGUUUUUUUGCCUUUAUGAAUGUAUUUGCAUUUUUUUCAGUAAUGUAUGGAAGAGCCUGGGAUUCUCCAAUAUCUGCAUAUAGGUGGACUUCUUUUUAUAAGGAGCUUUUUAAUUGUAACUUAUUGGGUGAUGUAGCAAUUAAGGGGUUACAACACUGUUCCUCUGAACUGUCUUGUGUUUGCCGCACUUGGAUGGUGUGUUGAACAGGUGGGAUAGAAUGUAAGUGACAGGACUUUGUGUUUUGAACUGCAGGUCAUUUGCGUGUCCUGCCUUUUUGUUUUUGUUUUUUUUAAAUUUCCCAAUUAAAAAAUUCUUUAAAGUUGUCCAUUUUAUUGCUUGGAAAGGUGUAAUAUACUUACUGAAUUGAUCACGGAUGAAAUAGUUAAGAUAAGUUUAUUGUUUACUAAGACAUUCUUUGGGUGUUAUUUCUAAUUCAAAUGAUAGAACAUGCCCUAGAGAAAUCAGUGUUUAAAAUGUAAAUUGUUAAAAUAUUAAAAUGAAAAUUAGCUGGGAAGUGGUCAUUCUAUUAAAUAUUUUCAAUUAAUAGCCAAGUAAGAUAUUUACAGUCUAGCAAGAUAGAAACCACCUUUGUAGCAUGUCAGUUUCUUUUAUAAAUUGCUGAUUUUUUCUUAGACUUAACUUCAGGGUCUACCUUAUGUUGUACACAUACAGAAAUUUCUAAACUGUACGGUUUGGCUUGCUUUGGAAUCUUCAAGUCCCAAGUCCCAGCCUUCUGCCCUCCCCUGGCCUUUUGUCCCUGUCCAACCUGUUAUUUUUAUUUUUGUCUUUAUUGUAUGGCCAGAAUGCCAAAUACAGUAUUGAAUUAAAGUGAAAUGAACAUUCUUCUCUCCUUUGCAGUUUCAGGUGAAGAACUUUGAAUAUUUGACCAAUAUUACUUGUUAUUGCUUUACUGUAGAUAAAUACCUUUUAUCAGGUUAAAUAAAUUUCUGUUUAUAGUUUGCUAAGAGUUUUCAUUGAAGUCAUCAAAUGCUUUUUCUGCAUUUUUAUGUGCUUUUUUUCUCUUCUGUUAAUGUUGUGAAUUACAUUUUUUUUUUAUUGUGGCCAAAAAAACCCCGCAUAACAUAAAAUUCACCCUCCUGACAGUCGCCACAUGUACAAUACAAUAUUGUCAACUCAUGCACAUGCUGGGCACCAGAUUCCAGAAGCCUCCAUCCUGCAUGACAGACUUUAUACCUG